AUGCUCACGUCUCGCCUCAGCCUCAGGCUCGUACGCCACGCCCGACGAAGUUACCGAGUGCUUGCCCUUGAAUCCUCAUGUGAUGAUAGCUGCGUGGCUCUCUUAGAGAAGCAAACUCCCGCUGGUCGUCCCAUAGUGGUGGACCAUUAUAAGCUGACUUUAUCACUGGCAGCAGCGGGCGGCAUCAUCCCCACUGCUGCACAAGUGUUUCACAACUAUACCAUCGGUGGACUUGUGGAUAAAAUGGCCACCACCUACAAUUUUGAUCAGAAUCCGCCUGACCUCAUUUGUGUGACUAAAGGACCAGGAAUGGCAGGUUCUCUUACCGCGUCAAUCCAGCUUGCUAAAGGACUAGCACUCGCUUGGAAAGUACCGUUAGUGGGUGUGCAUCAUAUGUUGGGUCAUUUACUCACUCCGCAACUCGAUGUCGAUGUUAAAUACCCGUUUCUCAGCUUGUUGUGUAGUGGCGGCCACACCAUGCUUGUGUACUCCAAAAGUGUGGGACACCAUGAGGUAAUCAUCAAUACCAUGGACAUUGCUGUUGGCGAUUCUCUUGAUAAAUGUGCUCGUGAGAUUGGCUUUUAUGGUAACCAGCUUGCUCGAGAGAUGGAAAAGUAUAUUCGGAAUAACCCAUGGCCAGCUGAAACUACUGCUACUGUUACUGAGCCUCCUAUUGACUUAGCAUUAGGCUUACCGAUGAAAGGACCUAAGUAUCUUCGGUUUCCCGAUAAGAUUGAGUUCACUUUCGCAUCGUUUCUUCUGAGAGUACAAACCACCUUAAAACGUCACCCUGACGCUAUCGACGAAAAACAACGCCAAUACAUGGCUCACCACAUCCAGAACAUGGCGUUUGACCAUAUCAUUGACCGUAUCAACGUGGCAUUGAUGAUACACGGCACAAACAAAAAGCUAUGUCCCACUGCCGAUGGUAAGUUUGAUGGUGUAAUCGACAUUGUCUGUUCUGGGGGAGUGGCUGCCAAUAAACUGCUUCGUCAUAAGCUUUCUCAUAACCUCAAGUUCAGAGAAACUCUUGGCCAUGAACCUACAUUCCAUUUCCCUCCGCUUGACCUUUGCACUGAUAAUGCGAUCAUGAUUGGCCUUGCUGGCAUCGGACAAUUUGAGAAACUCCGAAUCAUGUCCGAUAUGCUGAUGGUGGCUCGACCAAAAUGGCCGAUAAACGAGCUUAUGGAUGAGCUGUGGGUUCACGUAGAUGAUGCCACUUAUGAUAAAGUAACCAAAUAUAACCUGUAA